ACUCAUAACCUAAAGAAAAAUAAAAUUAAGUGGACGUGAUAAAUAAUUUUUUUUAAUUAAAUAAUUAAUUAAUUAACAAUUAAAUUAUUUAAUAAUUUUUUAAAAUAAUAAAUAUGAAGACAAUAUAUAUAUAUGUAAUAUAUAUAAAAUAGUGAAAAUUGUGUUGGUUAAAAAUAUAUAUUUUUUUUUUAUCAAUAAAAAAAGUUUCGUGUGAAAUUUAAUUUGUUGACAAAGGAUUGAAAUUAAAAAAAAUAAAAUGGUCGUAAAUGCAACAGAGCAUGGUAUGCAAGCAGAUGUUAUUUUUGUGAUAGAAGGAACUGCAGCAAAUGGCGCGUAUUUUAAUGACUUGAAGACAAAUUAUUUGAUACCGACUUUGGAGUACUUCAACCAGGGUAAUAUUGAAGAUCGGGAGUAUGUGACGGAAAAUAGUACGACGCGGUAUGGAAUCGUUAUCUAUCAUGCUGCUGAUUGCUUACCCAGACCGUGCACUGACACAUUUGGUCCGUAUUCGAAUCCUCAUAAAUUGUUGCAGCGACUAGAUAAUCUGGAAAUGGUCGGUGGCCGCGGAGAAUCUCACGCAAACAUAGCAGAAGGCCUCGCCACAGCUCUAAUAUGCUUCGAAGACCUCCAACUGGAACGCGAGCCCAGCACCGCCUCCCAAAAGCACUGUAUCCUCGUCUGCAACUCUCCGCCUUAUCAGAUCUCCGUCCAAGAAUCCUACAAAUUUCUCAACUACACAAUCGAAUCCCUCCCACCCGUCUUCCAAAAACGCAACAUCAACCUCUCUAUCGUCUCUCCCCGCAAAAUCCCCGAGUUCUUCAAACUAUUCGAGCUCGCCGGUGGGGAUCUCCAAAGCUCCCAGACCAAGAACUACGCCAAAGACCCUCGCAACCUCGUUCUCCUCCACAACUACAACCUGAAAGAGCGACCCGUGACCCCAACGAACGUAACUCCAGUCCACGCAGCCGCAAACACAGUCCAGAUUCCCUCAAGCCCAGUUCCAGCCCACGACAGCCCCAACACCAACCAACCCGCGAACAUUCCCCAGCCACCCGCGCCCCAGAACCCCGCGUUCCGGAACGCGACCCCAAUAAACAUCGGAGUCAAUCACGGAGCAGCUCCAGCCAUGACAGUUCCAAUGAAUCCCGGCCGGCCAGUGUUCAAUCCUCAAAUAACAGCUCCACCAAACUAUCACCCAGCUCGCGCACCACAAGCAAGAUGGCGGACUCCCUUCAUCGCCCCCGGGGCCACUGUCCAGUCCAACAAUCAAGGCAGCGCCUUAAUUGCCCAGUUGACACAACCGCCAACAGCCCUGACGGGCAUCAAUGUCCCCUUCAACCAACGAAUGGACGCCAAUGGAAUGCAACCCAGUGCCCCGGCACCCCAGGCCCCUCAGCAGAACCAACAGGCCCAGCUUACUCCCCAGCAACAGCAGCAGAUCCGCAACAUGCAGCUGCAGCAGCAACAGCAGCAACAGUUGCAGCAGCAGACGAUGCAAAUCGCACCCAUGACUGUCAGUUCCACUGGAACUUCCGGUCCGACUCCAGUUCAGCAGACGGUUACGCAGACAACUGCAGCAGCGCCGCAGCAUCAACCAGCAGCAGCUGUCACGGGUCAGGUCGCGACCAGAGAACGACCUCCUAUUUGGCAGGGAGUCCUCGAGUGGCUGGAAAAGGCCAAGAAUCCAACGGACUCUCAAAAGCAGACACGUCAGGUUCCAUGUCAGGUGUCUGCUAAUGCUAAGGACAACGAACCGGAGUUGAAAGCUGAUUCCUGGCCGCAUAAAUUGAUCAUGCAGCUGAUGCCCAAGCAGCUGAUUGGUAGCAUAGGUGGCGCGUAUUUGAAAAAUUCUAGGAGUGUUUUGUUCCAUCCAACACCUUGUGAUGCUUUGGACUCUUUGACUAAGGUUAUGAGCACGGGAUUUGCUGGUUGCGUUCAUUUUACGUCUGCUCCGGCUCUGCCGGCGUGUGAAAUAAAAGUCCUAAUUUUACUUUAUACGGCUGAGAAACGAGCGUAUCUAGGAUUUAUUCCUAAUGAUCAGACGGCGUUUGUUGAUAGGCUGAGAAAAGUUAUUCAGCAUCAAAAAACAAGCCAUGCUGCCACGAGAGGGCAGAUUUUCCCACCAUCUGCUGGAGGCGCAGGUGGACCUUCGACUGCUACGAGUAUUCCGCCGCAGAUGCCGCCGGCGGGAGGAAUUGUUUCUCAGGGAGGAAUCAUGAUGUCGCAAACAAAUACUAUGACUAUGGGAGGUGGUCAGAUUACCCAAGUUGCUACUCAGCAGCAGGGACUGAGCAACCAGCAGCCUAAUCAGGGUCAGAUGAACUUGCAAGGCGCGAUGGCGCAGCAGGGGGUUGAGAAUUCGGGUGGGGGUAUGAUCAGUGGACAUCAGCAGCAACAGAGACAGAUGUAUGAAAAUAAUUUUGAAGUGGCUAGGCAGCAGAAUUUGAUGAAGAUUCAUCAGCUGAAACAGACUUUGGAGGCUGCUCAGCAACAGGAAGCUCAGUACAAGUCGCAGUUGGAAGUUAAUAUCCAACAAAAUUUAGAAGUCGCACAACAGCAAGAAAUGCAAUUUAAGCAACAAAUUGAGGCUCAACAACAAGCACAGAGAGGAUUAAACCCAAAUGCUGGUAUGGCUGGACAGCAACCGAAUACUCAAAGAAUGAUGAGACCGGUGAUGGCAAGUAAUUUGCAGCUGCGACAUUUACUUCAGCAGCAACACAAUCCACAACAAUACAGACAACAAGUUCUAGGAAUGCAGCAGCAAAUGGUCGGACCGAGAGGGCAAAUGAAUGUACGGCCAAUUAACAACAGUAACCAACCAAAUCAGCAAUUUGAUGACGUUUCUAAUUACGACUUUCUUGGAUAAUUUUUUGUUAUAAUUAUAAUAAUUUAAUUAAUGUUAUUUUAUAAUUAAUUGUAAUAUUUAAUAAAUAAUUCGAUAUUUAAAUAAAUUUGUUGUUA